CGUGCGUAACGAACAGUGGCUAAUCAAAUCAAUGCGACAUGUUGUGGAGUUGAAGUGAAAACAGAAAGUGCUGGAAAAACUCCGCAGUUCUGGCCCCAGCUGACAGAGUUAUACUUCACAUCCGUUAAUGUCUUGGGAAGCAGCUGCCUUAUUCCUCUACGGGAGAUGCUAUAAAAGACUUAACCAUGGAUUUUCUCGUACCACGUGGAACCUUAUCAAAGGCUUUACUGAUGUCCAUGUAGACCACAUCAACAGCCCUACCCACAUCCACAUGCUUGGUCACCUUCUCAAAAAAAUUCAAUGAGAUAAAUCAAAAAUGGAGGAUAAUGGGACGAGUGAUGAAUCUAUGAAUAAAGAAUCUGUGGCACUGGAAGGAAGUGUUUCAACGUCCAGGGAAAAAGAGCAUCAUCAAGGUGUUGAUUUAGAACAGCACUCUGAGUCUGGGUCUGAGAUUGAAACUGGCAAGUGCAUGACAGGCAAUGUACAAAAUGAGGAGUGUGGGUCUGCUGGAAACAUACUUGAAAGCAGUCCAAGUAAGGGGAAGGAGUCUGUCAACAGGACAAGAAAAAGGCCGGAAUCAAAAGGAUCCAGUCAGCCAGGGUCAUCUGAACAACCACCUUUGGGAGUUGCUGACAAGGUACAAGAUCUCCCUAAUCAAGAGACAGGAAGUUGGGCCUCCUGGGGAAACUGGGGAAAGUCAUUGCUUACAACAGCAACAGCCACUGUUGCAUCUGUUGGUCAUGGGAUUUCUAAUGUGAUUGAAAAAGCUGAGACCACUCUUGGGAUUCCCAGCCCCACAGAAGUUUCAACAGAAGUGAACGUGUUCAAUGAAGACAAAGAAUUCAAGAAUGGUAACAAUAGCCCGAAAGCAGAGAGCAUAAACACCUCUCCAAGCAGUGGAGCAUUUGGGAUGUUUUCCACCAUCACUAAUGCCGUUCAGAGCACUGGGAAAUCUGUACUGAGUGGUGGUUUGGAUGCACUUGAAUUUAUUGGUAAAAAGACCAUGGAUGUUAUUGCAGAAGGAGAUCCUGGUUUCAAAAAGACAAAAGGACUAAUGUAUAGGACAACCACAUUGUCUCAGGUUCUGCGAGAGGCUAAAGAGCGAGAACAGCAACAAACAGCUGAGGAGGUUUCUGUGGAUACGGAAGAGAAGGCUCAUUAUGGAAUGUUAUUUGAUGAGUUUCAAGGUCUAUCCCAUCUGGAAGCUUUGGAGAUUUUGUCAAAUGAAAGUGAAAUGAAGGUUAAGUCAGUACUGAAUGCCUUGUCGGGAGAAGAUGUAGAAAAAUUGAAGGAGGAGUUAACAGCCAUAAAAGAAGCAUUUUGUUUAGCUGAAUUUGAUGAUGAGGAUGAAGAAGAUAACAAAGGGGGUGACGGGUCUGGAUUUGUGAAAGAAUUGACUGAGUUGUUAUCAGAGAUGAAAAUUGCUGCUACGUCUGACAAACUGGGCCAAGCCAGAAAGCAUGCUCACGAUCAUAUAAGUGAAAUAAAUGUUAUGUCACUGACGCAAGUAGAAGAUAUAUCAGAAGAUCCAGAGAAGAAAGAGCACAGUGAAGAAUCUAAACCUGAUGAUUCGAGCAAAGGUCAUAAACUUUCAAUUGAGAACAUCCAUACAUCUGCUAUCAGAAGCCUGGCAGAACUUACUGCUCGAUCCAUUGAACAAUUCCAUAAAGUGGCAGUACUAAUUCUUCACGGUCAGGACCAUGAUGUGGCUGCACUGGAUCGUGCAAAAACACUGUCAAAAGUGACUAUUGUCUUGUGUAAGGAAGUGGCUGCUCUUUCUAAACAAUUUACCUCCUGUUUGACAACAAUAGGGGCUAAAGAGAAGGUAGAGGUUCUUAAUCCAUUAAUUACUGGAGUAUUUUUGGAGGCUUCCAAUAGUGCAACCUACAUUCAGGAUGCAUUUCAGCUCCUGCUUCCAGUUCUUCAAAUUUCUGAAAUCCAGAUUCGCUCGGAUAUCACUGUACACUGACUUUGACUGUAUUUAUUUGCCUGAUAUGAAAUUUUUGUUCAAGUUCUCUGCCAAAACGUGAUUAACAAGUGCGGAUUAUUUAAGGUUGCAUUUUGUGAGCAGUGGAGGCCAUUUUAGACAUAGAUUCUGAUGGGAGGUGGAGUUUAACAGUGAAGGAAAAACAAACCUGCUCCGAAUAAAAGCUAGACAUUCGGAGUUUGAAUGUUUUUUGGAAAAACAUUUUUCUUUCCUUUGGUCUGAUUUCUGCAAGAUUCCGAUAUUAAAGUCAGGAUAAGAAUUAGCUCAGAUUUCCUGAAAUUAAAAGCUUUUGUCUUUAAGUGACAGAAUGCUUCAUGCCUUAAUAGCCUCUAAAUAUAUUUUUGCCCAGUACAAAAUAAUACAUAUUUUUUCAGUUAUUACUUGCAUUUGUACAAAAUGAAAUGUUAUUUGUAAGUAUGUUAUAUACAAUAUAAAGGACUUGUGUAAAAAUCAAAUAUUUGAGAUUAGGCCCCAAAUGAAAUACAUAAACAAACAUUGUAAUGAAAUAAAGUAAAAAAAAACACUAAAGACUUCGUAUUGAUUAGCUAACAUUUUUAAACAUUACCCACUUUGUAAAUACAUCAGGUUUUAUUUAC